GCUCAGCCCCUGCUCGUGGUGGGCUUCUCAGGACCCCUGCUCGUGUUUGAGGAAGCCUUCUUCUCGUUCUGCAAGAGUAACGGCCUGGAGUACAUCGUGGGCCGUGUGUGGAUCGGCUUCUGGCUCAUCCUGCUGGUGGUGCUGGUGGUGGCCUUUGAGGGCAGCUUCCUGGUCCGCUUCAUCUCCCGCUACACCCAGGAGAUCUUCUCCUUCCUCAUCUCUCUCAUCUUCAUCUAUGAGACCUUCUCCAAGCUGGUCAUGAUCUUCCAGGACCACCCACUGCUGGAGAACUAUGACCACAAUGUGACAAGAAUACCCAAACCUCAGGCCCCCCUGCCCAACACAGCCCUCCUCUCUCUUGUGCUCAUGGCCGGCACCUUCUUGUUCGCCAUCAUGCUGCGCAAGUUCAAGAACAGCUCCUACUUCCCUGGCAAGCUGCGACGAGUCAUUGGGGACUUUGGGGUUCCCAUCUCUAUCCUGAUCAUGGUCAUGGUGGAUGCCCUCAUCCAGGACACCUACACCCAGAAACUCAGUGUACCUAAAGGCCUCACCGUAUCCAACACCUCGGCCCGAGGCUGGCUCAUCCACCCGCUGGGCUUAUAUAAGCCAUUUCCCAUCUGGAUGAUGUUUGCCUCCGUCCUGCCUGCCCUGCUGGUCUUCAUCCUCAUCUUCCUUGAGUCCCAGAUCACCACGCUGAUCAUCAGCAAACCGGAGCGCAAGGUGGUCAAGGGCUCUGGCUUCCACCUGGACCUGCUGCUGGUCAUGGGCAUGGGCGGGGUGGCCACCCUCUUUGGGAUGCCCUGGCUCAGUGCCACCACUGUGCGUUCUGUCACCCACGCCAAUGCCCUUACGGUCAUGAGCAAGGCCAGCACCCCUGGGGCCGCAGCCCAGAUUCAAGAAGUCAAGGAACAGCGGAUCAGCGGGCUCCUGGUCUCUGUGCUCGUGGGCCUGUCCAUCCUCAUGGGGCCCAUCCUGUCCCACAUCCCCUUGGCUGUGCUGUUUGGCAUCUUCCUCUACAUGGGGGUCACAUCCCUCAGUGGCAUCCAGCUUUUUGACCGCAUCUUGCUUCUGUUCAAGCCGCGCAAGUACCACCCGGAUGUGCCCUACGCCAAGCGGGUGAGAACCUGGCGAAUGCACCUGUUCACGGGCACUCAGAUCGCCUGCCUGGUGGUGCUGUGGGUGGUGAGGAGUAUCAAGACCGUCUCGCUGGCCCUGCCGUUCAUCCUCAUCCUCACGGUGCCCCUACGCCACUUCCUGCUGCCACUCAUCUUCCAGAACCUGGAGCUCCAGUGUCUGGAUGCUGACAAUACCAAGCUGAACUUUGAUGAGGAGAAUGGUCAAGAUGAAUAUGAUGAGGUGGCCAUGCCUGUGUGAGGGGGGGGGCCCAGGCCCCAGAGCCCCCUCCGUCGUUCCACCUCCCCACUCUCCCAGGAAAAGCAGAAGUUCAUGGGCACCCUAGGGACCCCCAGGUCCCUCCUGGGACAGCAGUCGAGGCCCUGGGGCCACGGGUGGGGGAAGGAAAGGGUGUCUAGGAAACCUUGCAUGAAGGGUAGACUGGCUUUUCUGGAUGGAAAAGGCCAGCGGGGCCCACAGCAGGGGAUUCGCUGUGCAGUCCCUCCUGUGGCCACACUGCCACCUGGGGGUCCCACCCUGGAAGACUUAGAUCCAAGCCCUACCUCCUCGUGACACAGACAGGGGAAGUAAAGAGGAUGGGAGCUGGGGGUGGGGGGGAUUCAAAUUCCUGCUUUCUGUGUGACCUUGGGCAAGUCCCUGGAUCUCUCCAGCCUCUGCUUCCUCGUCUGUAAAAUGGGUAUAUUGAUAAUCACACCCACAUUACAGGAUGGUUUCUGAGGACCAAAGAUAAAUGUGAAAAAAAGGGCUUUGUAAAAUCUGAAA